AACAGACAGAUGAAGCAGGUAUUGGAACUACAAUCUGUCAAGUCAUGGGCGUGGCCUUGCCUCGAGCGGGGCGUGGUUUGCUCGCAGUGGGUGGGGUCAUGUGCAGUCAAUUUUAAUUUCAUCCACUCCCCCGUGCACACAAAAUGGCUGUGGUGUAACGCAAGACUGCCUCCAGACAAAAAGGUUAUGAAAAGCAACAGAGUUACGUGAAUUAUAUCGGUUUGCUCCGGACUCUGAAGGGAGACGUAAACUACAAUCUGGAGUUAUGCAAACAAACUGACACGUGCUUUAUUGAGACGGGAGUUCAUGUCAGUCUGUCAUUUCCAUCUCUGCUUCAGGAGGAGAAGCCAGGCUUUUGUAAUGGCCGAACAAAGGAGAGUUUCGUUUAAUGAUGUAUCUCUCCUGCUCUCUUCCACGUUCUCCAGUGGAGUUCACAACGCAGCCAUGGACGUGAGCAGCUCUCUGAAGAUGAGCUCUCUGACCACCCAGAGUCUCUUCAGCUACGUGGAGGAGGAAAACCUUUCGGCCGUCAAAGCCCAUCUGGACAAAUACAGAGAGGUGGACACCAGAAGUGAAAACGGCCAGACGGCGCUCAUGCUGGCCUCGGAGCAGGGCAGUCUAGAGAUCGUGCAGGAGCUCAUCCGCAGAGGAGCAAACGUCAACUUGGACGAUAUUGAUUGCUGGACUGCACUGAUUUCAGCUGCUAAAGAGGGACACACUGAAGUGGUGAAGGAACUCCUGGAGAACAAUGCCAACGUGGAGCAUCGCGACAUGGGGGGCUGGAGCGCGCUCAUGUGGGCCGCUUAUAAGGGUCGUGCGGAGGUGGCACGUCUACUGCUGGAGAAAGGAGCAAACCCCAACAUCACCGGACAGUACAGUGUAUACCCAGUCAUAUGGGCUGCAGGAAGAGGCCAUGCAGAGAUCGUUCAGCUGCUGCUUCAGCAUGGAGCCAAAGUCAACUGCUCUGACAAGUAUGGCACCACACCCCUGAUCUGGGCGGCCAGGAAGGGCCAUUAUGUCUGUGUGAUGCAUCUGCUGGAGAACGGCGCCAAUGUGGACCAGGAGGGAGCGAACUCCAUGACUGCGCUGAUAGUGGCCGUGCGAGGUGGUUUCACCGAGGUGGUGAAGGAGCUGCUUAAAAGAAACCCCAACAUGAAUAUGACCGAUAAAGACGGCAACACUGCUCUGAUGAUCGCCGCUAUAGAGGGCUGCACCGAGAUUGUCCAAGACCUGCUGGACGCGGGGACGUACGUCAACAUCCCCGACCGGAGUGGUGAUACUGUGCUUAUCGGAGCCGUCAGAGGAGGUCAUGUGGAGAUCGUUCGAGCUCUGCUUAAUAAAUAUGCUGAUAUUGAUGUCAAAGGCCAGGAUGGUAAGACUGCCUUGUACUGGGCUGUGGAGAAAAGCAAUGCGACCAUGGUUCGAGACAUUCUGCAGUGCAACCCUGACACAGAGGCCUACACCAAGGAUGGAGAGACUCCCCUUAUAAAAGCUACCAAGAUGAGAAACAUGGAAAUUGUGGAGCUUCUUUUGGACAAAGGCGCCAAAGUGUCAGCAGUGGACAAGAAAGGUGACACAGCUCUGCAUAUCGCCAUUCGCGGGAGAAGCCGCAAACUCGCUGAGCUGCUCUUGAGGAACCCUAAAGAUGGUCGUCUGCUCUACCGGCCCAACAAAGAAGGAGAGACGCCCUACAACAUUGACUGCACUCAUCAGAAGAGCAUCCUCACCCAGAUAUUUGGUGCCAAGCACCUGUCUCCCUCUGAGUGUGACGGGGACAUGCUGGGUUACGACCUGUACAGCAGCGCUCUGGCAGACAUCCUGAGUGAGCCCACCAUGCAGCCACCCAUCUGCGUGGGGCUGUAUGCCCAGUGGGGCAGCGGCAAGUCCUUCCUGCUUAAGAAACUGGAGGAUGAGAUGAAAACGUUCGCCGGGCAGCAGGUGGAGCCCUUGUUCCAGUUCUCGUGGUUGGUGGUGGUUUUGACUCUGCUGCUCUGUGGAGCCGUGUCUCUGGUCCUCGGUUUUGCUGUCGACACUAAACUGGCCAUCGCUGUGGCCCUCAGCCUGCUCGCCCUAAUGUACAUCUUCUUUGUGUUGGUGUACUUCGGCGGGAGAAAAGGUGGAGAGAGUUGGAGAUGGGCCUGGGUCCUCAGCACCAGACUGGCCCGCCACCUCGGCUACCUGGAGCUUCUUCUCAAACUCAUGUUCGUCAAUCCCCCCGAGCUUCCAGAGCAGACCACCAAAGCCCUGCCUGUCAGGUUUCUGUUCACGGACUAUAACCGUCUGUCGAGUGUGGGAGGGGAGACGUCCAUGGCUGAAAUGAUAGCCACGCUGUCCGAUGCCUGUGAGAGAGAGUUCGGCUUCUUGGCCACCAGACUUUUUAGGGUCUUCAAGAAUGAUGAAACUCAAGGAAAGAAGUGGAAGAAGACAUGUUGCGUGCCCUCCUUCGUGCUCUUUGUGUUGACUUCGGGCUGUCUGAUCACAGGCAUGACCCUGCUGGCCAUCUUCAAGGUGGACGCAGAGAACCUGACGGUGAACGCGGUCCUGAUCUCCAUGGCCAGUGUGGUGGGUCUGGCCGUGCUGCUGAACUGUCGGACCUGGUGGCAGGUGGCCGACUCUGUGCUGCACUCUCAGAGGAGGAGGCUCCUGAACGCUGCCAACAGCAUGCACAAGCUCAAGAGCGAGGGAUUCAUGAAGGUUUUGAAGUGUGAAGUGGAGCUCAUGGCUAAAAUGGCUAAAACCAUUGACGGCUUCACUCAGAAUCAGACCCGACUGGCUGUCAUCAUCGAUGGCCUGGAUUCCUGUGAACAAGACAAAGUGCUACAGAUGCUUGAUACGGUUCGGGUGCUCUUCUCUAAAGGCCCCUUCAUCUCAAUCUUUGCCAGUGACCCACAUAUCAUCAUCAAAGCCAUAAACCAGAACCUCAACAGUGUGCUACGUGACUCCAACAUCAAUGGCCACGACUACAUGCGAAACAUCAUCCACCUGCCCGUGUUCCUCAACAGCCGUGGCCUAAGCACUGCCAAGAGACUCUGUAUUUCCACAGCAGCCAACGCCGAUCAGCUCAACUCUGAUGCGUGGCAAGAGGACAUGGACAGGAAGUUGUCUCAGAACAGUCUCGGCGAGCAGGGCAGGCAGGGCAGCAAAACAGCACUGAACCGCCGGGACACGUACCGCAGGAGACAGAUGCAGCGCUCCGUCACGCGCCAGAUGUCCUUUGACCUGACCAAGCUGCUGGUCACCGAAGACUGGUUCAGUGACAUCAGCCCUCAGACGAUGAGGAGGCUGCUCAACAUAGUGUCAGUCACAGGUCGCCUACUUCGAGCCAAUCAGAUCAUUUUUAACUGGGACCGUCUAGCGUCCUGGAUCAACCUGACGGAGGAGUGGCCGUACCGUACGUCCUGGAUCAUUCUCUUCCUGGAGGAAACCGAUGGAGUUUCAGACCAGGUCACUCUGAGGACCAUCUAUGAGAGGAUUUCUAAAAACAUCCCCACCACUAAAGAUGUGGAGCCUCUGUUGGAGAUCGAUGGUGAUAUUCGUAGUUUCGAGGUGUUUCUGUCAUCGCACACCCCUGUUCUCACCGCUCGUGAAGUGGAGAUGUUCCUGCCUUGUACCGUCAACCUGGAUCCCAAACUAAGGGAGAUCAUCGCAGAUGUCCGAGACGCACGAGAGCAGAUGCACCUUGGAGGAGUCAGCUAUCCCACACUGCCUCUGCAAGAUGCUUCGGUACGGCCGCAGUCCACAUUUGGGCAGCACUCUUUGGCCUGCUCUCCCACAGGCUCUUUCCCUGGCUCUUUCCCUCCUGCUGGAGUGCUGCCGGCCGCUCAACCCCACAGCAGCUACUUUAGUGGGCUUACGGGACCCCAACAUCCCUUCUACAACAGGCCUUACUUCCCUCAUCAUGUUUAUCACCUGCCCCGACAUUACCCUGGCAGCCCCCAUCACACCCCCUCACGCCCUGCUACUAAACUCCAUAAGGACCCCAGUCUGGGACUAGAUGUAAUCAGAGAGGACUCCAGUGAGGGUCUUCCCUCUCCUACAUCCCCCUCUAUGAUCAAAUCUGAGCCCUUCAGAAUGAAGCAGGGCUCUGGUUCUGUGGUUUCUAGUGCAUCUCAGGUCCUCCUCAGUUCUCUGAGCAUCGAUGGCGUAUGUGAGAAGCUCAGACAGGUCCAGGGCCUGGACUCCAGCAUGCUGGAGCAGUAUAUCGGCACAAUCAAAAAGGCCAACGUGAACGGCCGGGUUCUGUCUCAGUGCAACCUUGAUGAGCUCAAGAAGGAAAUGAACAUGAACUUCGGAGACUGGCAUCUCUUCAGGUCCAUGGUACUAGAGCAGCGUCAUGUGGAGAACCAGCUGCUGCGUGAUGAAUCGGGAGCGUGCAGCGAACAGGGCAGCGGCGUGUUGACUCAACUCGAACCCCAAAGACCCUCCGAAGCGCCACAAGACCCAGAAAACUUCACGUACAGCCUCAACCUAAGCUUUGAAGAGCUCAGCGGUGUGGGUCUGGAGGAGCCCGCCAAACAACACAAUGCCCACUGGCUGGCCAACACUCACCGGACUCCAAGCAUAUCCAGUCUGAACUCUCAGGAAUCAUCCAACGACAUCUGCAAGCUGACCGACAAGCAGCAAGCUGAGUACCGCAGUGCUUACCAGGAAUACAUCUCGCACAUGUCCCAUCUGGAGAUAUCUGCUGCUGGACGAGAGAGUCCCGCUCAAGCCCUGUCCGGCCAGUUCCUCACAGCCAGCUCUGAAGAGAAGACUAAGGAAAGUGAGCAAGACGGGCGCAAACCCUUCGCCAAAAAGAGCUCCAAACCUGCAGACACUAUUGUGGACUUUUCCUCCAUCCCAGACGGUGCUCUUCUAGAUCCCAUUACAGAAGAGGAUGAGAAGUCAGAGCAUGGGUCCUCCACUAAAAUCCCUACCAAACGCAAGACCAAAGGACAGGGGCCAUCUUACCACAGCAUACCGAGCGAUGAAGAAGAUUCAGAUGAGGAAGAGACCGAUGCCACCCCGCUGCUGAGAGAGGAACCCUGGGCCGCCGAACCAGAUCUAAGCCUCUUAUGUAAAGGCAAGAGCUUCAUCUCAGACAUCACGCUGGACAAGAAAUCGUCCGAUUCUGGAGUGAGGUCCAGCAGGAGCUCAUCCGACCACUCGCUGCAAGACGAGGAGAGCGAAGCAGCUCAGGAGAAGGAGGAGAAGUCCGGUGAGAAGAGAGAAGAAGAGGCUCAUCUGAUCGAGCUGGUUCUUGAGAGCCCGGUUAAGAAGCGAGUCUUACCAAACAGGCUGAGUAAUCUCCAGGAUGAGGCCGUGGCCCGGAUGUCCAUCUGCUCCGACGCUCCAUCUGACAGCAGCAGCCCUGAAGAGAGCUGGCCGACUUCAGCCGUGAGCAACCUCAACUGCUCACCCGACAAUACUGCCCUCAACAACAACAUCAACAACAGCGCCCAGCAGGAGACGCCCGACUCCACCGACUGCCCCUCCAUCAUUAUACGACCAGGAUCCAGCACCGAAAACACCACGCUGCCCAAUCAGAACCUGCUUGGAGGCCACCGGAAGAGGUCCACCGGUCCCUCCACCGACGCUGCAGAGGAACGAGAGAGUGUCCUGUGAGCCUUACAAGGUUUCUUACUAACUUUCUGUUCAAGAAAAAAAAAAAGAAAGUCCAAUAACGGCAAAGAUUCAGACAAACUCUUUAUUCGGGCGUCGUUAUAGGUAACACUAAUUAAAAAUGACCCUUCACUGCAGUUUCUUCAUCAGUAUUUUGGGCUAGUUUUGCGUGAAAAUAAUUUAAGCAUAAAAUUCAUAAACAUAACCUACUUAAAAGUGUACACUGAAGUACAAUUCAUGAACAUCAGUAAAUUCAUUGGGUAACACAAUGAAAAAUACUUCUACAGCUUUAAUCAUUUAGGUUGAUGUUCAUUUUUGCAUAUUAUAAAUGAGCCUGAGUUCACAACAUGAAUUCCAGCAAUUAUUAACAUAACAGUAUAUUUAGACAUUUUAUAUAUUAACCUACACUCUUAAAAAUAAAGGUGCUUUAAAAGGUUCUCCACAACGAUGCCAUGUUAUUUUUUUGAUUCGUUUAUUAUAUCUAAUGUGCUGAUUAAUGCUAAUAAAUUAAAGCUUAUUAGAGUGUUACCGAAAAAUAAAGCAAGCACUAAAAACAAGCCUUAUUAUAUUACACAAUUUCGUCCUCAAAUCCAUCUUGACAUUUAGAUUAGGAUUUUUUUGAAGUGGAGAGAACAAAAUCAAAAUACCGAUUCAGAAGAUGCAGUGUAAAAGUGAGUAUUGUUAUUGUUGCUGUUUUUGGAGUGGUGCUAAAAAAGCAAUAAACGGAGGCUGUGAAGCUGUAGGUAGUUUCUGAUUUGUUUAGUGCAAAUCCUGUUAUUUCAUGCUCCGUUGCUAACAUUAAAGAUCUAGUGUAGGUCGGUCCACGAUAUUCAAAUCCAUCAAGUAGAGUGGGGAUUUAACCACAUAGAGUUGGUGCUGGUGUUUUUGCUGUGAUCGGUGAUGUGAAAGCUGUUAUUUAUUUGUGAUUGAAUGCCCGGUUCACAUUCAGGUCACCCUUGUAGUCUGAAUUCUGCCUUGUAGUCUUUUAGAUGAGCGAGUCUGUCUGCGAUCAGUGUUGAGAAAAACAAGAGAGCUUUGGCUUGUGUGUGUGUGAGUAUCCUCUGCGUUUUCUCACGUUAAUAAAUUCCAUUCUUUUCUCCGAUCUUGCGAGAAUUCAUGAUUUGAUCAUUGAAAUGAUGCGUUGUUGUAUUUGACAAAAUAAAAAUGGACACAUUUGAAGUGAACCGUGUGAAGCGCGCGUUGAUGGAUUGAAUGCUGAGAUCGUACAGUUUAAAUACGUUUAUUUUAAAAGCACAUACAUUUGUGUAUUUGGAGAACGCUUACCGACUGUCAAUCAUUCUCCCCAGAAAUCAUGAAAUAGUUUUUCUGAGGUGAAGUCUGGCCACCAGCAGGCGGCGCACUCUUCAUAUCAACAACAUUAACAGAGGUUUAGGCUGCGUUUGAGAUUCAACCUUUAAUUUUUAAAUGCACACCUUGCGAAAAUGUAUGAAAUAAAUAGGGGCACGUACCACUUAUCGCUCUCUUUUUUUAGUUAAUUAGUUUUCCAGAAUUACAACACACAAAAUGACUUCCUUCAAACGUGUUUAUCCCUUACUACACUAUAAAAUAACAUUUUUAAUACCGUAUAACCUAAUGUUGAUAAUUAGUUUUAUUUAGAGAAUGUUAGUGCAGAGGACUCGGUGUACAGUUGCAAAAAAAAAAAUCCUAUAUAUUUUGUGCUCAUUAAGGGGCAGACUAGCCCCACAGUCAAUUAUUUUACAAACUGCAUUUCACAGAUCAAAAGCUCGAGCAUCGAUUUAACCGCCGUUCCAUCCACACGCGGAUUAUACGAAUGGGAGAACCCGUGGAUGCGAUCACGAUUGAUGUUUGAACUUCUAAACACCUUCAAGAAACGAGUUUCACCACACAGGAAGAGGAAAAAGAGGUCAGUUGCAGGAAAAACGGAUAGGCUGUGUGAUUUGUGGACGGUUAUAUGUUAAGAAAAAGCACCUUUCCCCUCCACUACGGACCAAAAUGAAUGCAUUUCUUCACAGCCAUACGGCAGUUUAAGAGAUUGAUCAAGGCUCCAAUCAGUGAGGGUGAAUGUACACGUGUGAAGGGUCAGAGGCAUGCUUUUCAAUCCCGGAUAUGAAAGGCAAGGUCAAUAUACAGCACAACACUGGCAACUUCUACACAAGCAUAACAGACCAGCGUCAAAUAAAGCAUUUGAUUUAUUUUGUAUAAAAUAAAAAAAAAAAAAAAAGGUACGAUUUACAAUAUUACUUUUAUAAAAAGUCUCAGCAUACAGCAUAACACUUUGCAGAUACUGACAGUCCAAUUUCUGCAACUAUACAAGAUAAAACUCUGAGAGAGUUCACAAGGUUUCAUCAUGUCAUUUUCAACGUCCAGUCCUUCGUGUGCCAAAAGAAUUGACAAAAACAGACUUAAACUUUGUACAGUAACUAACCACGUCUUCUCCUAUUCACACGGUCUUCACGAGAGAAAAAAAAAAAAAAAAAAAAAAGGUAAGACUUCUUCUCAAUGGCGAGAAAAGGUUCCUUGUGAUCAUUUACAGGUUUCCCUCCUAUUUUCAGGGAAUAUAGUGCUUCUUCCUCUUGAAGAAAGGACCAAAUAAGUCUUUUUAGAAGAUAAAUAAUCAAUGUCCGAACUUAUAACACAUCACAUGGAUUGUCCUUUUAGAAGCAAAAAAAAAUAAUAAUAAAAAAAAAAAAAAAAAAAAAAAAAA